AUUCAUUUCUUCAGAAGUCAUGCGAUAGCCAGAGAGGUCUCUCACCGCUACUCGCAUCAUUCUGAAACCAGCGGUCUGGACGAACUUUCAACCAUUGCUCUGGUUGCAGUAGGAACGGAGACUACUACAGUACAUCGACGGAUACAAUUGUAAAGAGCCAUGGCAGUGCAACAACAGGUGACCACGGUGACAACCACCACCUACAGCUCUGGCGAAUGGAGCACGGGCCUGUUUGACUGCUGCUCGGAUAUGGGCACAUGCUGUUUCGGGUAUUGGUGCUUCCCCUGCAUGCAGUGCCAGACGGCCUCGGCGCACGGCUGGUGUUGCUGCAUGCCGUUGCUGGACCCCCUGGCCUGCAUGGCAGUCACCUGCUGCAUGCGCAAGUCUAUCCGCGAGAAGCACGGCAUUGAGGGCUCCGUGGGUAAAGAUAUACUGACAACCCUCUGCUGCUACGGUUGUGUGUGGUGCCAGAUGUCCAGGGAGUUGAAGAACCGGGCUUAAGAACCACCAUGCCAAUCCACCAUCUCUACAAGAAGAGAUAAAGAGAAAUGGCCGCACUCAUACCGUAUGACUGCACGCACGCAACUCAGACCUUAACAUUUUUCUGAAAUUUUUAUUCUUACCUUCAUUAUCUCAGCAGAUUACAAGGAGCGUCUUUCACACCUCAACAAUAAUAUUCUUUGGUCCAAAGGGUGUCCCGGAAGGAACAUUUUGGUAACCAAAUCAAUCAGUAUCAGAGGGCUACUAGAUACACAAAUCCUGCCACACAGAAGUCAUACACUCAAAAGUUAUCUGCUUUAUUAUUACACUUAAUUUACUUUUAUUUACUUUGAUGUUUACUUUUUAACAAAAUAUCAACAAAAAUAACCCCACAAU